CCGUCCCUCUCAGGGCUGUGUUUCUCUGCUGCCCCACUGCUCUGGGGGGAGCACGGGGGGCUCAGGGCAGUGGUGGGGGGCACAGAGCAGCGCUGGGAGCUGAGCCCUAUGGUGCAGCUGCCCCCACCCCGACCACCCCAUCCCGUAACUGAAGGGACCAGAUGAUGCAGGAAUGUGGGCUGGGGCUGGCAGCCCCAGUGCCACCCGUGGGCUCAAACAAAGCCCCCGUUGGGGCAGGCGAGGCAGCUCCAUCCAUGCCAACAACUCCCCCCCCCCUCGGACCAUGCAGUCCCCGCGGCCGCAGCCGGACAAGUUUUGAUGCGAGGCAGCAGCUUAGGGUGGGCUCAGGUUUCCUUUAGGUUUUCUAUAUUUAUCUCUGUGAUUUAAUGCCAGCGCCGGGGUUUAAAUGGCACCAAGCAGUUGGCGCGGGGAAACAGAGCAGCCGUCCCCGAGCCGUGCGCACGUCCCCCCAUGGAGCUCUUCGAGACCAACCCUUACUUUUUCCCGGAGCAGAGGUUUUACGAUGGGGAAAACUUCCUGGGCUCCCGCUUGCAGGGCUACGAGGCGGCCGCGUUUCCCGAGCGGCCCGAGGUGUCUCUGUGCCCCGAAAGCAGAGCGGCUUUGGAGGAGAAGGACUCAACGCUCCCCGAGCACUGCCCCGGGCAAUGCUUGCCGUGGGCUUGCAAAAUCUGCAAGCGCAAAACCGUGUCCAUCGACCGGCGUCGGGCGGCCACGCUGCGGGAGAAGCGGAGGCUGAAAAAGGUGAACGAAGCCUUCGAGGCGCUGAAGCGCAGCACUCUGCUCAACCCCAACCAGCGGCUGCCCAAGGUGGAGAUCCUGCGCAGCGCCAUCCAGUACAUCGAGCGCCUGCAGAGCCUGCUCAGCAGCCUCAACCAGCAGGAGCGAGAGCAGAGGGAGCUGCGCUACCGCCCCGCCGCACCCCCACCCGCCGCACCCAGCGAGUGCGGCUCCGGCAGCUCAUCCUGCAGCCCUGAGUGGAGCGCCCAGCUGGAGUUCAGCACCAACCCUGCGGAUCACCUCCUGAGCGACGACGCGGCAGAGGACCGCAACCUCCACUCGCUCUCCUCCAUCGUGGAGAGCAUCGCCGUGGAGGACGUGGCCGUGACGUUCCCCGAGGAGAGGGUCCAAAACUGAGCUGGAGCAAACCCCCACGGCUCUCCGAGCUGGAAACGGGGUGGGAUUGAGAUGCUGCAAGGGUCCAGCCGCAGGAAAUCGUAUUGACCCUUCCAACACCGUGGACCGCAGCGCUGAAACCGCUCAAAUCCUUUCCCACUCCUCGCCAAACGUUCCCAUCUGCUGAAAAAAGAAAAGGGGACAAGUGGGCUGGUGAUGGCUGGUGGUGGCCCCGGGUCCCCCUGGCCGGGGGCUCUCCUUCCCUGGGGGCCAACGCGCGUGCCACAGCCAAUGUGGCUGUUUCCAAGUUGCUCUUCGACCAAGG